UGUGCAGCAAGCAGCAGCAGCGCUGUGGCCCUUGGUGUGCCUCCUCCUGUAGUGCGUGGAGCUCCUCCUCUUCCUCAGCGCACAGUCGCUGGCUCUGGCUCUGGCUCGCUGUGUAGUGUCUCGUCGAGGGUGGAUUGUCUUCUGGGGUGUUGUAAUUUUUGUCUUUUUGGGUUUUGGGGUUGGAAUUGGAGGAGGAAUGCGUUGCGGCGGUGUUGUUAUCUGAGGCAGAGAGAGGGCGAAAGGAAGAAGGGGGAGUUUGUGGGGAAUCUGAACGUGAGCGCUGAGGGCACAAGGAGAUAAGACGUUUGUAUUGUUCGAUGGGAUCAGGAGUGGUGCCAGCUUGCCGGUGCUGCACCACAGUUUGUAGCACAAGCUCGGUGAAGAAGAGUAGCAGUGGAGUGAGCCGGCUUAGCGUGGUGCGGAGCAUAUAUCUGCCAUGGUACACGCGGGCGCCGCUGUCGCUGCAUUCUGUGGGUGCCCCUGGGACCAGUAGUCGUGACUCGGCCGCUUCAUUAUUAGGUACCGGACUUUCAAGGCCCCCAAGGUUUAACAAAGUAGCAGCAAAUGCGGUGCCCGAUUUGGCAGAAGCUAGACCAGAUAUUGGAGGAGGAGAAGAAGAAAGUUUAGCUGAAGACUCAGAUGUUGAUUCAAUUAGUGAAUGGGAGCUUGAUUUUUGCUCACGCCCGAUAUUGGAUGCAAGGGGUAAAAAGUUGUGGGAGCUUGUGGUAUGUGAUAGUAGAAGGCAGCUACAAUUUACUCGCUUCUUCCCGAACAACGUCAUCAAUAGUGUCACACUGCGAGAUGCGUUAAUGUAUAUUAUGGAUACUCUUGGGGUGCCUAAGCCAGAGAAGAUUCGGUUUUUCAGGUCUCAAAUGCAGACCAUCAUUACGAAGGCAUGCAAAGAGCUCGAUAUUCAACCCGUUCCAAGUCAAAGGUGUGUGGCUCUUAUAAAAUGGUUGGAGGAACGGUUCGAGACGGUCUAUAGCCAACAUCCAGGGUAUCAGGAAGGUGCUUCUCCAUUACUGUUGCAGCAGCAAUCCCUUCCCUUGGAUUUGCCAGAUGCUCUACGUGGUGAAGAGUGGGCAUUUGUUCAGCUUCCAUUUGAAGCUGUGUUGGAGGAGAUGGAAGGUGUGGUGAGAGGCGAUGUUUUUGGCAGUGUAUUAGACCUUGGCACAUUAAACAUAGAUUUAUCUGGCGACAUCAUGAUUCCAGGAGUUGCGGUAGCAUCUUCACGUGCUACUCCACUUGCAGCGUGGACAAACGCUUUGGAACUAGCCUGUCUUGAAGUGGAUACACAACGUUCUUGCCUUGUCCUCUCCACUGGCGUGGCAGAUCGGUGGAGAUAUGCUUUCUACCGCAAAAGCCGACAGACGGAUGCAGAAGGUGAAGCUUGGGAGGCAGCCAAGAAGAAAUGUGGUGGUCUUCAUUUCCUGGCUGUGCAAUCGUCACUGGAUUCGGAGCUUUGCACAGGAUUCUGGUUACUGCUGGAUACCCCAAUUUCACCUGUGUAGUAUAUACACUCUCUAUAGAAUGCUGUGUUAGGGCACGCUUUUAGUUUAGAGCAGCCUCGGAAUAGAAAAAGAUUGAGUAAAGUCGAUUUUACCUUAGGAUUUUCACCAGGAAGUCAACUGUCCUGUGUUGUAAGAGUCUCGCUGUAAUCUUAAGGCAUAAUUGUGUAAUGGACGUGUUGGGCCGAUAUUCCAAUUUUCCAGA